GUGGUGCAGCUUUUUCGUCGCCAUGAGGCUACCUGUAACUUUGACUCACCUAACUAUUCUCCUCCUGAACAUUCUGCCUCUUGCAGCCAGACACGGGAGGACUCUGCGCUUUGUUACCUUGGUAUAUCGCCACGGCGACCGAUCCCCUUUAGGCACCUACCCCACAGAUCCUCACCAAGCGGCAGCCUGGCCCCAAGGCUUCCAACAGCUCACAGAGUUAGGUAUUUUACAACAGAAGGCACUGGGACGUUUCCUCAGGGGAAAAUAUGCGGGGUUUUUAAGUCCUUCCUACAAACCUCAGGAGAUAUACGUCCGCAGCACUGAUUAUGACCGCACUAUUAUGAGCGCUCAGGCGAACCUUAUGGGGCUCUAUCCAAGUACAGACCCAGAGAUCGGCUGGAAGCCGGUUCCCAUCCACACUGUGCCAGUCAAGUACGACAAGCUGUUGAAGCCGCCAACCCGCACUUGCCUACAAUACCAACGGUUGAUGGAGGAGACAAUUAAUUUGCCCAGCUACCAGGCCAAAAUGAACACCUGGAAGGGUUUCAUAACCAAGAUGAUGAACUAUACUGGCUUAAAAACUGAGCAUCUGACCCUGAGGGGCCUUUGGAGGGUGCAUGAUACCCUUUUUUGCCAGAAAACCCACAAUCUGAGCUUGCCUAGCUGGGCCACGCCGCAAAUACUGGCCACACUUCAAGAGAUGGAAGCAUUUAAUGUCGAAGCCCACGUGGGAAUGCACGCCAGCCAAGAGAAGGCCCGGUUUACUGGUGGGUUGCUCCUGGGCGCUAUUCUGAGCAACUUCUCCAAGGUCGUAUGCAGAGACCUGCCCCUGAAGAUGAUCAUGUACUCUGCGCACGACAGCACCUUAAUUGCCCUGCAAGGAGCACUGGGCGUUUACAACGGUCGUCCACCACCGUAUGCCGCCUGCCACGGAUUCGAGUUCUACCAAGAAAGCAAUGAUUCCUUCAGCGUGUCCAUGUUCUACCGCAACGAAAGUGGUCAGCGGCUCCACACCUUAACCGUACCUGGCUGCCCCACGCCUUGCCCCCUGCCACUCUUCAUUCAUCUCACACAUACGGUUGUACCCCAGGACUGGGAUGCUGAAUGUCAAAACCCUCAAGGAGGACCAGGACGCACUGUAACGGGGCUGGCUGUGAUCGUCGCUCUGCUGAGCGUGGCGUUAGUUGGGGCGUGUGUCUUGUACUGGAGGAGGUGAGAAGACAGACGAGCAGCGACAAGGAAAGCCCAUAUCGAUAGAGACAGCCGUCUUUGUGUUUUGUGGGAAGUGCCGUUUAAUAGCGGCCUACUAGCAUGAGCGAUACGGACGAACAGCCAAAGGUCAGCUCCUUUGCACUGCAGUAGGAGAGAUUCAGUAUAAUUUUCUCUCUCCUCCUUAACUGCAUACAAAGUUCUCCUUUCUUCCUCACAAUAAUCCCGUGACCUAGGGAAGGCUGGGACAACACGACCAGCCCAAGGGCAGGUACCCCAAAAGUGAUGUUUCUUCCUACACAAUCACCAACUACUUCCCCUACUGAUUAUGCUCCUGUAACGCAGGGCAAGUCAAAACUUUAGCCCAUCAAUUGCUACGCUGCUGUAGGUUUACAGGAACUAGAGCUAGAUAUUGAAAUCUUACUCCCGUUUCCAACAGAGCUAACAGAUCUGUCUACGUUAUUAUUGCUUUUAGAGAACUCAGGUUUUUUUCUCUCAUUUGGCAGCAAACUUUCUUAGAGUCGACUGUGAUUUUAUUUCUUUAUGGCUGUUUUAAUUUUUUAACUAUUUAUUUGUAGCGAUGUCUACGUUCUGUUUUUCUCUCAUGGCAAUAAAGGCUAGUGAAUGAGCGACUGU